UCGAACACGAUUCACAUAACCAUCAAAGGUUAAUAUUAUGUAUUUUUUUAAGUAUUAAAGCUGUAAAAAGUUAAUAUAUUGAAAAAUCAACCAAUAUGUCUAUCAUAACAGUUUUAAAACAUAAUAUCAAUUUAUGUACGUUGCCGUCGGUUCGUUUCCACAUUUUUAAAAAUUCACGAUUACUGUCGUCGUACGCGAAAUAUGCUGAACACAAACCGUUGGAAAAGAUUCGAAAUAUUGGUAUAUCCGCCCACAUCGAUUCUGGGAAAACUACGUUGACGGAACGUAUACUAUAUUAUACUGGAAGAAUAUCUCAAAUGCACGAGGUAAGAGGUAAAGACAACGUUGGAGCAACUAUGGACAGUAUGGAAUUAGAAAGGCAAAGGGGAAUCACAAUUCAAUCCGCAGCGACGUACACGAUAUGGAAAGAUUACAACAUUAAUAUCAUCGAUACUCCCGGUCAUGUUGACUUUACGGUGGAAGUAGAAAGAGCUUUACGCGUUUUAGACGGCGCAGUGCUUGUGUUAUGCGCAGUAGGUGGUGUCCAAUCGCAAACAAUGACCGUAAAUCGACAGAUGCAAAGGUACAAUGUGCCUUGUUUGGCAUUUAUCAAUAAAUUAGACAGGAUGGGUGCGAGUCAUAGGAGAGUACUGUCGCAAUUGCGAGGCAAACUACACCAUAAUGCUGCGUUAUUACAAUUGCCAAUCGGUUUAGAGGGUAAUCACGCGGGCAUAGUAGAUCUAAUUACUCAGAAAGCUUUGUAUUUUGAAGGAGACUACGGCAAUGUUAUCAGAGAAGAUGAAAUUCCAUCGAAUAUGAGGACAGAGGCUCACGAACGAAAACAAGAAUUAAUCGAGCAUCUAAGUAACGUCGACGAUAAAAUCGGAGAUAUGUACUUAAACGAGGUGCCAAUCCUUGAGAAGGACCUGAAAGACGCUAUUAGACGAUCGUGUAUGAAAAGGAUGUUUACGCCAGUAUUAGUUGGAAGUGCUUUAAAAAAUAAGGGGGUCCAGCCAUUAUUGGACGCUGUUUUGGAUUAUUUACCAAAUCCAGGAGAAGUUCAAAACUAUGCGCUUUGCGAGACCGACAAUGGAAGUACCAAAGUGUACUUAAAUUCCGAGAGAAGCAACAACCAUGCUUUCGUUGGACUAGCAUUUAAAUUGGAAGCUGGUAAAUUUGGCCAAUUGACACACUUUCGUUGUUAUCAAGGGAUGUUGCGUAAAAGCGAUAUUUUAUACAACACUAGAUCAAAUAAAAAAGUUCGAGUACAACGAUUGGUACGACUUCACUCGAAUCAAAUGGAGGACGUGACCGAAGUGUACUCCGGAGACAUUUUCGCUUUGUUCGGCAUAGAUUGCGCAUCGGGUGACACGUUUGUCCAUAAUUCUGAUCUGAAACUAUCGAUGGAAUCCAUUUUCGUGCCCGACCCUGUGGUAUCCAUGUCUAUCCAGCCAAAGAAUUCAAAGGACAGGGAAAACUUUACGAAGGGAAUCUCGCGAUUCAGCAAAGAGGAUCCGACUUUUAAUUACCAGUACGAUACGGACAACAAGGAAACGAUCGUUUCCGGGAUGGGAGAGUUGCAUUUGGAGAUUUACGCGCAAAGGCUCGAACGGGAAUACAAUUGUCCGAUCGUGCUUGGAAAACCAAAAGUUUCUUUCCGCGAAACGUUGCGUGAACCUGUAGAGUUCAACUAUUUGCACAAGAAACAGUCGGGAGGCGCUGGUCAGUUUGCCAGGGUAAUUGGAAUAAUAGAGCCACUACCAAUUGAGAAGAAUACUCAGGUUGAGUUUAAAGACGAAACGAUAGGAACAAACGUUCCGAAACAGUUCAUUCCUGGCGUGAAGAGAGGGUUUCUAUUUAUGUGCGAAAAAGGAUGCUACUCCGGCCAUAAAGUAGCGGGUAUUAAAUUUAGAUUGAUGGACGGUGACAACCAUUGUGUCGAUUCGUCGGAAUUCGCGUUCUUUCAAGCCGCCCAAGGCGCAAUGAGGGAGGCGUUUGAAAAUGGUUUGUGGCAGCUUUUGGAGCCAGUUAUGUUGAUACAAGUGACCGCUCCGUUAGAAUUUCAGGGAGUAAUCGUAGGCCAAAUAGCCAAACGAAACGGAAUCGUAAUUAAUACAGAGAACGCCGAAGGAUGGUUCAUUUUGGACGUGGAGGUUCCUCUGAAUAACAUGUUUGGUUAUGUCGGUGAAUUGAGGUCCACCACCCAAGGAAAGGGAGAAUUCACUAUGGAAUACGCGAGAUACAGCGCGUGUCUACCUGAAGUCGAGGGACAAAUGGUGAAGGAGUAUCAAAUAUCGCAAAAUAUAUACGUUGAUCCACAAAAAGUGGAAGCUAAGAGACGAUAGACAAUUCGCGUUAAUCUAGAACUAAAUUUGACUUUAUAGAAUAUGUGUUCGAAAUGCCCGAGUGUAUUUGUAAAUACAAGUAUGACUGUGACGUGCUCCACGAAACGUCGUGUAAAUGUAAUUCGUACGUAAUAAAAAUGAUAUCGAAAAUAUAGAAUGUUCGUUAUUAUUUCGUUCCUACCUUCGAACGUAAC